GCAGGCGUAAGCAGUUCCAAUAAAUCAGAUUCACUUGAGUUUAUCCAGUUUGGACUUUAGUUACUGCAACUGCCGUACGGGAUCACAAGUGGAUAUCAAACCGAAUCACGAAGCUCACAAACUUAUUCCAAUCGGUGUCAAAUGGGCCACAAACCUAAUCGCCCGAUGACGUUCCUGAUGUUCGUAUUGACAGUCCUUCAUUCAACCCAUCUGUUUUAUCCUACUCUUGGAGAGUCAGGAAAUCGCGGAAAUGAUUGUCCGGAGAGUAAACCAUGGCCAUGUCGUACACCGAAUAUCUGCUUAUCCUUCGCCCUCAUAUGCGACGGUGAACCGGAUUGUCCGGAUGUGUACGACGAAGAUCAAGAAAUGUGUACAGCAAUGUUGAGGCCUGCAGAAGAGCACCUGCAAGGAUUUAUUAACAAGUACAGGAAGUGGCUGAUCCCCGACAUUCUUGGAGAGGGAAAACCAGAAGAAUUGGCCACCAAAUUGGUUGAGAGCAAAACCAUUGUGGAUUAUGUCAAGUCAGCCCACUUGACGAAGGAGCAGACGAAACGGCUUGUCGAUUUACUAACUGGAGUCAAAUCCGGCAAGCAAAUUAUGCUCCACAUGAUGGGAAUGCCACUGGGUGCAUGGAGCGAAUUAUAUUUGCUGUUCUACCGUAUCUAUAUGAGUGGGUUUCUCGACAACGUGGAGCAACUAGAAAGCUUGGAGAACAGAAGUGACAAGCAGAGAGAAGAGUUUUGGACCAAACGCCGCUAUCGCCCGUACUUUCAAGCUAACUAUCCACCAUACUAGUUAGAAUGAGCAUACGUCAUAUCAUAUCAUCAAUAACAAUGAUAUCGUCAAUCGUCGCAUUAUCGAUGAUCGUGAAAACAUUGGUAUCGUAAGUGUAUCGAUCGAAGUAAU